AUGAAUCUCAGUUGGCUACCUUGGCGCACCCAACGCCUUCACGCAGCCGUGAGAAGCAAAGCGACAUGGGGUUAUGUCAUUUAUCGCACAACCUACACUCCUCAAUCCGACACUGCCUUCUCCCAGAUCGUCGAUCUACUCAACUCAUACAUCAAACAAGAAUUAUUUUCUGAAUACGAUUCAACACCGAAGAGUAAACUACACAGCGCAGAACCUACUCCAUAUCAUGAGAUAUGGGCCCAACACCGCCCAGUCAUCAUGGCCGAUCCGGUGCAGUUCGACGAAGCCUCAAUAGACUCGAUUCGUUCUCAUUUUGAGUCUUGGGUCAAUUCGCGGGAGAGGCGAAAUCAUACCACAUGCAUAGUGAUUGACGAUGAGUCACUACAAGCAUUUUUGGAUGCUCAGCCGACAGAAAAGUGGGAGUCGAAUAGGGGUAUUCAUUCGAUCCGCUAUCUCAAGGUGUUAACAGCAUUUCCGGAGAUUGAUGAGUUUGAUAGUUUCAUGGGUGCGGAGUAUCCGGGGGGAUGCUCGGAUAGGAGAGGCAUUCAUCCUGUUCUCAAUGCGAAGGGGACGGCAGCAUCAUCGGAGUCCGAUGACGACGAGUAUGAUAGUUUCCUAGGUGGAUGA